CAAGGCGAGGCGGCCGGCAAAGCUCAGGUGGGCGGGGCCGUGCCACGCAGCGCUCCGGAGCCACGCCCCCGUCCCUGGGCGGCAGUGCGCGUUCCCGAGCGGCGCGCGCCUCCCGUCUUUCCUCCCGAGGCCUUGCGCGCGCACUGCUGCCCACCCGCGGCUGCCAUCGCCCCUCAGAAAACCAGCGGCGCCAUGUCUUCGCCUCCAGAAGGAAAGCUAGAGACCAAAGCUGGACAUCCGCCCGCCGUGAAAGUCGCUGGGAUUCGGAUUGUGCAGAAACACCCACACACUGGAGAUGGGAAGGAAAAGAAAGACAAGGAUGACCAAGAAUGGGAAAGCACCAGCCCUCCUAAACCAACAGUGUACAUCUCUGGUGUUAUUGCCCGGGGUGACAAAGACUUCCCCCCAGCAGCUGCACAAGUGGCCCACCAGAAGCCACAUGCCUCCAUGGACAAACAUGUUUCUCCAAGAACGCAGCAUAUCCAACAGCCUCGCAAGUGACCAACGCCCAGACCCCUGCCACCUCAGCAGCAGCAGCAGCAGCAGCACCUGUGCCCCCUCCAGGAUGCUUCCCCGACAAAAUCAACUCAAACACCUUCUACAGAGUUUACUAAAUUUAGAAAUCUAAGACAAAGCAAAGUGGGCCUCGGUUGUGUCAGAUCCCCAUGUUUAAAACUAGAAGAGGCUCAAACACCAAAUUUUGUUUCUAAGAGUCCUAGUCGAGUGUCAGUAAAGGGUCAUUGAACCCCUAGAAGUGCCAUUAGCAGAACAUGGCAAGUCCUGAGUAAAAGGAAGUCCUUCGCACUAUAGCAGUAGUUUAAAGUCCUUACUCGUGGUCCUAAGAGGAAGAGGCCACUUUGGAGAGGUUUGAUAAGGUUAGGAGAAGAAAAAACAAAACACUAUGGUAUGGUCCGAACAGCUGUGCUCCCUUCUGCCCCCAGUCCAUGGCUGCAAAUCCCUGUUUUUCAGAAAAGUCAAAGAGCUAGAUGUAGAGCCUUCUGGAGUGCUGCUCUUGGAGGGUCCUCCUGGCUGUCCCAGUGGCCUACAGUGGCUCCAGCUCAGUUCACGGUUGCUCUAUGAGCACCAUGUACGCCACCAGCCUUUCCAGGACUACUACAUGGCCUGUACCAUGUCGCUAAAGGAGGGAUGGGCUCCUCGGAUUUUAUGAGCAAUCCAGUAUCCCAACAGUGGCCUUCACAUGGAGCAGAACACAGCCCCCAAGACUGUGUUGUCAGUCUCUUCUUUGUAAUUACUAAAAUGGUGGGAACCCAGGGUCGCUUUGGAGACCCAGACUUGGCUGCAGCCUACAGCCUUGCUCAGUCAUAUGGAACCAAAUCUAGGAAGGGACCUUAGAGACAGCAACGCCAGUUCCCUGUGCAGACCUUCCCACGUGUUGCCUGCAUCCGCAAUCCCUUUUAGUUCAGCCACCUGAGGGGCUACCCCGUGUUCCGUGUACUCUGAGCUAGCUCCGGUGUGUGUCUGUGGACUCUGGGUCACUAAAGGUUUGCCCGAAUGAAUUUCUGAAUCUUUGGCGUUGAGAAGAUGUUGAUUCUAAUAAAGCUCCUGCAUUUCUGCCUCAGUGUCUCUCUUA